AAGCUCGUGCCGAAAAUGCUUUGGAUGCUUUAAAACAAACUCUCGCUUUAAAAGCAAAAGCUUGGCGUGAUGGUCAAUUUAUUGAGGUUGAUACUGCUGAACUUGUCCCUGGUGAUGUUAUUGGUCUUCGUCUUGGUGACAUUGUUCCUGCUGAUGCUCGUUUACUUGGUCUCGAUGUGACUGGUAAUGAAACUGAUGCCCAUCUUUCUAUCGAUCAAUCUGCUUUAACUGGUGAAUCUCUACCCGUGGAAAAAGCAAAAGGUGCUACCGUUUAUUCUUCUUCAAUAGUAAAACAAGGUCAAAUGUUGGCUGUAGUAACAAAAACUGGUGGUGAUACUUUUGUCGGUCGUGCUGCAAAUUUAAUUUCUAUCACUGUUGAACAAGGACAUUUCCAAAAAAUUGUUAAUGCUAUUGGAAACUUUUUAAUUUUAAUUACUGUCGUUUUGGUCGUAAUUAUCUUUAUCUAUCAAAUGGUUCAUUUUCGUGGAACUCCUCAAGGUGCUUUCCUUGUGGUUCUUGGUCACUCUUUGGUCCUUACUAUCGCUGCUAUUCCUGUUGGUCUUCCUACUGUAUUAUCUGUUACUAUGGCUGUCGGUGCUAAACAACUUGCUGCUAAAAAAGUUAUCGUUAAACGUCUUACUGCCGUUGAAGAAAUGGCCUCUGUUUCCGUCCUUUGCUCUGAUAAGACUGGCACUUUAACUCUUAAUGAACUUACCUUUGAUGAACCUUAUUUAUGCCCUGGUUAUACCAAAGAAGAUAUUCUACUUUAUUCUUAUCUUUCUGCUGAACCUGGUGCUAAUGAUCCAAUCGAAAGUGCUGUUCGUACUGCUGCUGAAGAAAGUCUUGAAAUUCUUAAAGGUCGUCAAAAUAAACAUGACGUUCCUGGAUAUAAAGUUACUGCUUUUGUUCCUUUCAAUCCUACCACAAAAAUGACUUGCGCUACUGUAGUUUCACUUGAUACAAAUGAUGUAUUUAAAGUGGCUAAAGGUGCUCCUCAAGUCAUUAUUAAAUUAGUUGGUGGAAAUGAUGAUGCCGUUCGUGCUGUUAAUGCUUUGGCCGUUCGUGGUCUUCGUGCUCUUGGUGUUGCCCGUACUAUUAGUGGUACUGAUGAUUAUGAAUUGAUUGGUAUGAUUUCUCUUCUCGAUCCUCCUCGUCCUGACUCUGCUGAAACGAUCAAACGUUGUAAUGGUUAUGGUGUUGAUGUUAAAAUGGUUACUGGUGAUCAAUUGAUCAUUGCAAAAGAAGUUGCUCAUAGACUUGGAAUGAAUCGUGUAAUUCUUGACGCUAAUCAUUUGGUUGAUCCUACUAAGAGUGAUGAAGAAGUUACUCAACAUUGUGAACGUGCUGAUGGUUUUGCUCAAGUUAUUCCGGAACAUAAAUAUCGUGUUGUUGAACUAUUACAAAAACGUGGUCUUCUCGUUGGUAUGACUGGUGAUGGUGUCAAUGAUGCACCUGCUUUAAAGAAAGCCAAUGUUGGUAUCGCUGUUCAUGGAUGUACUGAUGCUGCCCGUUCUGCUGCUGAUAUUGUAUUAUUGGCACCUGGUCUUUCUACUAUUGUCGAUGGUAUCACAACUUCACGUGCUAUUUUCCAACGUAUGAGAUCUUACUCCCUUUACCGUAUCACUUCCACCGUACAUUUCUUGAUGUUUUUCUUCUGUAUUAUCAUUGCUGAAAAUUGGGAAAUGAGGCCCAUUCUUUUGAUUUUAAUUACUAUAUUGAACGAUGCUGCCACUCUUGUUAUUGCCGUUGAUAAUGCAAAGAUUUCUGAAAGACCGGAUAAAUGGCGUCUUGGUCAAUUGAUCUGUUUAUCAAUAGUUUUAGGACUCUGUUUGACAGCAGCUUCUUUUGGUCACUUUUACUUAGCAAAGGAAGUAUUCAAUAUCUCAGUUGAUGUUGAAGGUCAAGACCAAAGGAUGCAAUCUAUAAUGUAUCUUCAUAUUUCAUCUUGCCCACAUUUUGUAAUCUUUUCUACACGUCUUUCUGGAUUUUUCUGGGAAAACCUUCCAUCGCCAACUUUCUUUAUUGCUGUUAUGGGAACUCAAAUUUUUGCCAUGUUUGUUUCUAUUUAUGGUGUUCUUACACCAGAUUCAGCAAUUGGUUGGGGUUGGGGUCUUGGUAUCAUUGGGUUCUCACUUGCCUACUUUAUUGUGUUAGAUUUCGUUAAAGUUAUGGUAUUUAGAUAUUGGUCAUUUGAACUUACUGCUAAACUGUGGCCAACACCCGCACGAAGGCAGAAAUUAAAAGCUCGUCAUGAACGAGAAGUGUAUAAUGAAAAGGUAUCUCAUACUGUUUCAAAAGUGAGAAAAGUUGUAUUGAUGUCAAAGGUUAUAUUAGCAUUUAGAUCUGCUUUUGAAGAAAGUAAAAAGAAAAAAAUUAUGGCAUAG